AUGGAUAUCAAUAUAAAGGGAGAAAUAGAGAGGGUAAAUUGGAAGGAACUGAGUUACAGUGAGUUUGUGGAAAGAUAUAUGGAGAAGAACAAGCCCGUGGUGUUCACUGGGCUAAUGGAUUCUCAUCAUUGGAGAGCUUCCACUGAUUGGGUCACACUUCAUUCCCAACCCAACUUUCAAUUUUUCUCCACCCAUUUUGGAGCUUCUAAAGUUCAGGUUGCUGAUUGUGACACCAGAGAAUUCACUGAUCAGAAAAGAGAGGAGAUGCUGGUCGCAGAUUUUAUAGCACGUUGCCUUCAUCUUGAGGAGGCUUCUGCUGUUCAGUGUAAUAAUGAAAAUUUUGCAUGUAAUGGUGCAUCUGUAUCUGUACCGUAUUUGAAGGAUUGGCAUUUUGUAAAGGAGUAUCCUGAAUACGUAGCAUAUGACACUCCAAGGUUCUUUCGUGAUGAUUGGCUCAAUCUGUAUCUUGACAACUUCAGAAUCCAUAUUGAUUCUGACACAGAACAACCAAAUGAGGAAAUAUGUUGCUCUGACUAUCGAUUUGUUUACAUGGGCGUGAAAGGAUCUUGGACUCCUCUUCAUGCUGAUGUUUUCAGGUCGUAUAGUUGGUCAGCAAAUGUCUGUGGAAAGAAGAGAUGGCUUUUUCUAGAUCCUUCCCAAUGUCAUUUUGUAUUUGACAGGAAUAUGAAAAAUUGUGUAUAUAAUAUCUUUGAUGAAGUGUCAAACUCAAAGUUUCCUGGUUUUAUCAAGGCUAUCUGGUUAGAAUGCACACAAGAUGCAGGUGAAAUUAUAUUUGUUCCCAGCGGAUGGUAUCAUCAAGUUCAUAAUUUGGAGGAUACGAUUUCUAUUAACCACAAUUGGUUCAAUGCCUAUAACCUUUCUUGGGUGUGGAAUUUACUUUUAAGGGACUACAAUGAGGCCAAGGAAUACAUAGAAGACAUCAAGGAUUUAUGUGAGGAUUUUGAAGGUCUCUGCCAGCGCAAUCUUGCUGCUAACACAGGGAUGAAUUUUUAUGACUUCUUUACUUUCAUGUCAUACUUCACCUUGGCCAACUUGGUGUUGCUUCGUUAUAUAAAUAGAAGAUAUGGAAGUACGACUGGAAGUUCAUCAACAAUAGCUCAGCAUUUAUCCAUGAAUCUUGGGUGUUUAAAGAAGAUUGCUUCAGAGAUGAAACACAUGCGUGCUCUAGAAGGAAAUCAUGAUUGCGUUGUGGAUAUUAUCAAAGCAUUUGAAGAUCCUAGGUUUUCCAAAUUAUGCAUGCAUAUUGGAAGAACAUAUGCCAUGGUACAUGAGCAAUCUCACUUGUCCUCUGAUUUCGAGAGCACUUCAAUGAGUGAUUUGGUGGACCUGAAUGAUAUGAAAUCAUACACAUCUCAGAUCUACACACCUGAUGGUCUCAUUAAAUUUAUAGACGAUAGUGUUGCAGAAGAGGAUCCAUUUGUACUCCAUAUUGCUUGA